AUGCGGUUGUGGUGGAUUUUACUGUUUGGGUUCUGGAGCGUCUGUGGGGAGCUACCAUUCAUAGCGGAGAACAACGCGGCCAUGCUGGUCAACUGGAACGCCGUGGAUGGGAAUAAAAAGCUGUACGCCAUUUACGAUACGAGCGUCAACGAGCCGGGAAACAUGUCGUUUGUCAAAGAAACUGUGGACAAACUGUUGAAAGGAUAUGAUAUUCGUCUCCGGCCAGACUUUGGAGGUCCACCGGUUGCUGUUGGCAUGAGUAUUGAUGUGGCCAGCAUAGACAUGGUAUCAGAAGUUAAUAUGGACUACACACUGACCAUGUACUUCCAGCAGUACUGGAGGGAUAAGAGGCUGGCCUAUGUGGGGAUUCCCCUCAACCUGACACUGGACAACAGAGUAGCCGACCAGCUCUGGGUCCCAGACACAUACUUCCUCAACGAUAAGAAAUCCUUUGUGCACGGGGUUACGGUUAAGAACCGAAUGAUUCGGCUCCACCCAGAUGGAACCGUCCUCUACGGACUCAGAAUCACGACGACGGCGGCCUGCAUGAUGGACCUGAGGCGCUACCCGCUGGAUGAACAGAACUGCACUCUGGAGAUUGAAAGUUACGGGUACACCACAGACGACAUAGAGUUCUACUGGAAAGGGGGAGACACGGCCGUUACCGGGGUGACCCGGAUCGAGCUUCCACAGUUCUCUAUAGUCGACUACAAGCUCGUCUCCAGGAACGUGGUCUUCUCCACUGGUGCCUACCCUCGCUUGUCACUGAGCUUCAAGCUAAAGCGAAACAUCGGAUACUUCAUCCUGCAGACGUACAUGCCCUCCAUCCUCAUCACCAUCCUGUCCUGGGUGUCCUUCUGGAUCAAUUAUGACGCCUCAGCUGCCAGAGUGGCUUUAGGGAUCACCACCGUGCUGACCAUGACGACCAUCAACACCCACCUGAGAGAAACCCUCCCCAAGAUCCCCUACGUGAAAGCCAUCGACAUGUACCUGAUGGGCUGCUUCGUGUUUGUUUUCCUGGCGUUGCUGGAGUACGCCUUCGUCAACUACAUCUUCUUCGGACGCGGUCCGCAGAUGCAGAAGAAACUGGCUCUGAAGGCGCUGAAGGCAAAUAAUGAGCGCGGCAGGUUUGACCAACCCAAGUCCAUUCCGGAGGGAGUCAACUGGAAGACCUCGUCGUCUCUUAAACAGUCCAAUCAGGUUCAGAGCCGCCGUCACUCGCGUCAGGUCGACUCCCACGGGAACAUUCUGCUGACGUCCUUGGAGAUCCACAACGAGGUGGGGAGGAACGAGGUCACCACCACCCUGAGCGAGACGCACAACUCCACCUCCAUGACGUUCGACAACUCGGGGGUCCAGUACAGGAAGCCCAGCGCGCCCAACGAAGCGGGCCGCCACAGCCUGGACAGGAACGCGCAGUUCAAAAAAACCCGCCUGCGGAGACGAUCGUCGCAGCUCAAAAUCAAAAUCCCCGACCUCACCGACGUGAACGCCAUCGACAGGUGGUCGCGGAUUAUAUUCCCCUCCGCCUUCUCCCUUUUCAACAUCAUCUAUUGGCUUUAUUACGCCCAUUAACACACUGUGGUUUUGUUUUGUUUUUCUUGUUUGUUUUUUUUUGAACCCAUCUUUGUCUCGGUCCGCUUCUGGAAUCGGAGGGAACGUUUCGAUGCAACUCCCCUAACGUGGUAAAAAUCCCAAACAUUUCUGGGCGUAGCGAGUGCAGACUUUGGCCGAGAGAGCCGUCACUCAGACUGCGCGACGUCACGUGGGUUUUUACCGGGGGGGGGAAAAAAAAGACUUGCGUGUACAGACCGCCACCUUCUGCUGCGACCUCUGUGAACAGCUUGGAGACAAAACAUCUUUGCACCGCUGGAGAUGCUGUUGCUAGGACACCGGUGUUUUUAACGUGAUCGCAUUAUCGCAGGUCUCUUUAUAACAAUGAUGCGGCUUUGUUUGUCUACAAGUCUUCACUUUGGCUAAUGUGGACACUCGGAUUUCUACCUGCAGACUAAAAUCUGUCUUAAUCUUUGGAUGUUUUGGAGAAAUAUUGUGGUUUUUAGCUCAGUACAAGUGAAAUCCCGUCUAGUGAAAUCACUGAUGAAUCUUACAGUGCCUUGCAAAAGGAUUUAAACCCCUCGAAUGUUUCCACAUUUUAUCACAUUUUAACCACAGAUUCGAAUGUGUCGAUAUUUAUUUUAUGUGAUAGACCAACAUGCACAAAAUUGUAACAUUUUAGGGGUGAGAUAAACAAUUUUGAAAAUCUACAUGAUUCCAUUGUUGCUCUGGCUGAAUGUUUUAGGUCAAAGUCCUACUGGAGGGUGAACCGCUUUUCCAAUUUCAAAUUUUCUGUAGCUUUAAACAGAUUUUCUUUUUUUUUUUCAGGAUUGGCAUCCAGACAAUCUCGUAUGCAGUUCCUUGGUGUUCAUGACGCUGUUCGCUCUCUAACAAACUUCUUCACGGAACAGCUGGAUUCAUACUGAAAUUAAAUUACACACACAUGGUUUCUGUUUACUAACCAAGACUCCUGGUUAGACUGUACUCCAAUUUCGUUUGGGGCAUUAGUGUGUCGAUCUAUCACAUAAAGUCCCAAUAAAAUCAAAUAAAGUUUGAGUUUGGCAUGUGAUAAAAGGUGAGAAGUUCAGGGAAGUUUGAACGCUUCUGCAAGGAAAGGAGAGCCAGCAGCUUGUUACGUAAAAACUGGAAUCGGGUGAGAGUCGGCGACAACGUUGCCAAAGAUCCAAACGUCUGGCGUUGCUUUGGAGUUUAUAUCACUAAGCGGUUCUCUUGCUCUUUAGCUCGCUUGGACCUCUGCAAACUUUCUGAAAUGCAAUGUACCAGGGUAAAAGCAUAUUCAUUGUUACAUGUUACUUCACCUUAAAAUUCCUACUGUUGUUACUGCGAGAAAGGGCGAUCACAGCCAGCACAUUACUGACUCCUGCUUUUCUUACUCUCAGCCCAUCAGACAAAGAAAGCUAGGAAAUAUGUUUACAUAAAAAAAUUACUGAUGAUGGAUUAUCUGUGUGUUUGUAAAAAACAAAACAAAAAAAACCCUUAGGUUUAAUUUGGUCUGUCUUACCUGAAACAAUUGAUGUCAUUAUGUAUUUGAUGCUAACUUACACUAUAUAACAUGUCUGUUCAACACCUGGCAAAGUAUAGCCUAUGUUUUUGCUUUGUGUAACAUACAACAUACAGCUGGAAAGGUACGGUAUUCAUUAUCAAAAGAAUGCCAAGCCAACAACAACCUAAAUGUUUGGCUAAAUGCAACUAUCAUUUCCAUCAUUAGAAUAUAAAUAUAUAUUUUUUCACCAAUAUCUUUGGCUAACAAUCCAGUUAAGUAAACAGGGCUCUUAUGACUUGGGCAAAAAGGAUAGGCCAUAAUUCACUUUAGAUGGAUAAUAAAUAAAAUGAGCAUUAUCUUCAUAACACCUUAAAGGUCCAUCAACUUCAGUGUGACCUGUCAACGAACUCGAAACUGACUGACUCCCUGCGGUGAAGUGCCCUGUUUCAUAGCCACAGGCUCCGCCCACAAGAGUACAAACUAAAACAAAACAAUUAGCUCUAACUCAAAUAAGCUCUUAUCAAAGUUUAAACAAAUGAGAAAAUAGGUAAACAAUCACAGUAUUGAAAAAAGGAACCUGUAAGCAAAAUGCAAUGCACAAUUUGUCACACUUCCAAAAAGAAUUAGGCAGGAAAGCAGAAAACAAAGACACCAGGUCCCUUCGAGUGCUUAGGCACCGAUAUGGAAAUUUGGGCCGGCAUCAAUAUUCGAUAUCAUUUCUUGAAUAUUCAAUAUUAUUUUAGAACAUAUAUUUUACAUCCUUUCCGACACCUUAAAAAAAAACCCCUCACUGCUGACUUCACCUUCUCUGCUUCAGUUUAUUUUGAAAAAUGUAGGGUUUUUUUAUAUUGGUUGUUAAUAUUGGCUCAGUGGUAUUAAUCUGGCGGUGCUGAUACGUUACAUAAUGACUAAUACCAGCUGAUGCCGAUGUAUCGUUCAAAUCUCAACUAAUAAUGGGAGUAAAUAAAAACGAAUUUACUCCUUUCCCAAGUCAAACAGAAAAAUCCUUUCAAUAAAACCUUUAUUAUCUUUUGUACUGUUAACAACUCUGGGCAAACAGCUGGCAACACAUCAGGCUUUGAUUAGACCAUAAAAAAGUUUUGAUUAAGCUCUAAGCUCUGACUGGUCUGUCUUCUGAUAUCUAGGCUGAGCUUCCUGUUUUAAUAUGAAGCUACAUAAACAGACGUCUGG